ACCUAGACUUCUGAGCUUCAUCUGUGUCUGAUAACAGUCCACCACCAAGAAGCAUUUUGUAAGUUUACAUUUUGUGACAGCUGUACGGCCAGUAGCCACCGUGUGCACCCAAUAUACAGUGAGGUUAACCCGUGAGAAUCCACUCCAGUCUGACUACGGAGGCUUACAACUUGGGCUUGGCCACGAGUCUUUCCUCUGUUUCAGCUACAUCAGUCUACCCAAAACACUAGACGGGGUCCUAGUCAUAAAGAAAGCAACUUUCUACUACUAAACGUCCAAGUUCUCCCUCAAAAGGGGUUCGUCCACUAUUGAGGCCAUGGCAUUUGAACUCCCACGGCGAACUUCCAAUAGUGCUGUCUGUGUCGGACAGAAGACUGCUGUGGGCCAAUGUAGGGUUCCUCGUUUUCGCAAAGGGUCAUCGGUCACACCUGCGAUGUGCAGCCUCAUGAAACCUGUACUCUUUUUCUGCAUCUGUUUUCUGCCUCUGAAUUUGGCCAGUGCCAAGACCUACCAGAACGUCAAGGGGGCGCUGAGCCAAAAGAGGGACGAGGAGGGGAACCUAAUUUUCUACCAGGGGAUACCCACCAACGAGAGCACCGACAGUGGUAUCUCGACCCUCAAACCGCUACGGCUGGGAAUGUUGGGCAUCUGGGAGUCGCAUGCCACUCCAGAUCGGUACGCCCGGGUUUCAGGAGGGGCCAUGACAGCAGCCGUCAGGAAAGUCAACAGCAGGCCGGACUUGCUGGCGGAGUAUAACCUCUCCUACACAUUCUCCGACACUGAGGGCUCGGAGGACACGUCCAUCAAGGAACUGGCCGAGCAGUGGAAGGGGGGAGUGCAGGCCUUUUUCGGCCCAGACUUCCACUGCGUGACUGAGGCCAGAAUUGCAGCUGCCUUGAAUUUACCCAUGCUCUCAAAUAAAUGCACAGCUUAUGAGGUCAGCGACAAAGAUGUUUACAAGACGUUCGUGAGGACCAUCUCCACAGACACAGCAGUAACUAUCUCCGUCAUGCAGUUACUUCGUCACUUCAACUGGAGCGUGGUCUCCCUGGUCAGUUCUGACACGAAGAAGGACCUAUCCGUGAUGGAGAAUCUUAAGAUGCGUCUUCCUAAGCUGAACAUUAACGUGUCCCACAGUGAGCAGUACACGGCUAACUACUGGCGGGAGUAUCUCGAUGAGGACGAUAUGAGACUCUUGAAGAUCGUCGAAAGGACGUACAAGGAAACGCGAGUUUAUCUCUUCAUGGGGAAACCAUUUGAGCUGUACCACUUUUGCCAAGCGAUGGAUGAGUUUGGACUCUUAGACAAUGGAGAGUACGUUAUUGUUUACAUCAACGUGAACAUACCGACUGAAUCUGACUUCCUGGCACUCGAAGGAGAUCCGUACUCGCGUUUUUUUAGUCCGGAGGUUCUGGCGUACUACAGGAACGUGUUGAUAUUGUUCCAUACGCCGCCUGAUGACGAAACGUACGAUCAGUUUAAAGACGAUAUAAUGACGUAUCUACAGGAGCCCCCCUUCAACAGUAAUCUCACCGACUUCAGCACUGAAGACAUGGUGAUUGGUGAAGAGGCACCAUUUUUGUAUGAUGCCGUUAUGCUGUAUGCUUAUGCUCUGAACUCUACAUUGGCCAAAGGGGGUGAAGUUGACGACGGUGUCGAGAUCAUCCGAGAGAUAAUCGAUCGCGGAACGUAUCAAAGUAUAAUGGGAAUGCAGCGUACCAUUGACCAGAAUGGAAACGCUCUCAUGAAUGUUUCUCUGUAUGCACUGGAGCAAAACAAAACCGCGGGUAAAGGUGAUUACUACUACAAGAUACAGGGUGUUGGUAACUUCCAAUACAAUGCGUCAAACAACGAGACACAUUUGACUUUGAAGCUUCGGAAGGAAAGAGAGAUUAGUUGGGUGAGCGGCAAGCCACCUCUAGACCGGCCAAGGUGUGGCUUUUUCCGUGAGUACUGUCAACCAAAGGACGAAGUCCUCCAGCCCGCACAAAUAGCCGGGAUUGUCGUGGGCAGCAUGCUUUUGAUAGCCAUUGUCAUUGCAGCCGCUAUUCACAGAGUGUGGAAGUACGAGCAAGAGUUGGCAAGUCUCCUCUGGAGGAUUGACUACAAUGAGAUCAAGUUCAAAGGUCAGGAUGGUUCUACAACAACGAUGGGAAGCCGGGUGAGCAUCAUGACAACAGAAAGCCGGGCAUCCGGUGAUGGCUUGAGGGGUCAGAUUUUCACCAAUGUUGGCAACUACAAGGGUGCUGUGGUAGCUGUCAAGAAGAUAUUUAAGCAGCACAUUGACGUUAGUCGUUCCAUGAAGAAAGAGCUGAAAAUAAUGCGGGAUAUUCGACAUCCUCAUUUGAAUCAGUUCAUCGGUGCCUGUAUAGACUCACCUAACAUUUGCAUUAUAUCUGAAUACUGUCAGAAAGGAAGUUUGCAGGAUAUUCUUGCUAAUGAUGAGGUAAAACUAGACAACAUGUUUGUGGCAUCAAUAGUAGGAGAUAUCAUAAAGGGAAUGCUGUACCUUCAUUCCUCGGAAAUCCACACACACGGUAACCUGAAGUCAUCAAACUGCCUGGUGGACAGCAGAUGGGUAGUCAAAAUUUGUGACUUUGGACUGUGGCGUUUCAGGCCCAACCAGCAACUGACCGAAUUGGGAGAGCAUGCCUACUAUGAAAGCUUACUAUGGAAGUCACCUGAGCUGCUACGAGAUCCAUGUGCACCCCCAUUUGGAACACAGAAGGCAGAUGUCUAUGCCUUUGGCAUUCUUCUAUUUGAGAUCAUUUUACGCAAUGGGCCUUAUGGAAAUUGUCCACUCAGUCCAAGGGAGAUUGUAGACAGGGUGACCUACCCACUGGACAUCACGCAGCCCUUCAGGCCUAAUGUGAAUGAGAUAGAGGAGUGUUCCGACUGUGUCAUUCAUAUCAUGCAGGAGAGCUGGGAUGAGGUCCCAGAGCGGAGACCAGACUUCAAGGCAGUCAGAUCAAGACUAAAGCCACUCAAUAAGGGCAUGAAGUCAAAUAUCUUAGAUAACAUGAUAGCAAUCAUGGAGAAGUAUGCCAAUAACUUGGAGGGGAUUGUGGAGGACCGAACCCAACAACUCAUUGAGGAGAAGAAGAAGACUGAUAACUUGCUGCACCAAAUGCUGCCUAUGCCUGUUGCAAAUCAACUCAAGCGAGGUCGACAGGUCGUGCCUGAGUCAUUUGACUCGGUCUCAAUAUUCUUCAGUGACAUCGUCGGCUUCACUGCUCUGUCAUCACAGAGCACCCCUUUCCAGAUUGUGGAUAUGCUGAAUGACCUGUAUUCACUAUUUGAUGCCAUCGUCAGCUACUAUGAUGUGUACAAGGUUGAGACCAUCGGAGAUGCAUACAUGCUGGUGUCUGGCCUUCCCAUUCACAAUAGCAGGCACUCUGGAGAGAUUGCCUCCACGGCCAUCCACCUGCUGGAUGCUGUACAGCAUUUUGAGAUUCGACACAGACCAGAUGAUCGGCUGAAGCUCAGGAUAGGACUGCACUCUGGUCCGGUAGUGGCAGGAGUGGUUGGCACUGCAAUGCCUCGCUACUGUCUGUUUGGAGACACAGUAAACACAACAUCAAGAAUGGAGUCCAAUGGUUUACCUCUUAAGAUUCACUGCAGUAAGGAAAUUAAGGAGAACCUUGAUAAAAUUGGUGGCUACACAAUAGAAGAAAGGGGCCUUGUGAGUAUGAAGGGGAAAGGUGAGCUGCUGACCUACUGGUUGGUUGGGCAAGAUGAGAAUUACAGACGUGAAAAGCCCCUGAAGGUGAACUACGCAGAUCAAGACGAUGCUUAUGAGCGAAGGACCUCAAAGUUUCUGAGUAUGCAAGGUGUUAAUGACCGAGACAGCUUCAGUGGCAGCGGCAAGAGAAUCGAUGCCAUCCCUGAGACCCGAUCUGCAGGAACGAAAAGCUGCUCCUCUCGUGUGACCGCCCUGAACAGACCACAGUCAGCCGUCAAUCCUUCUGAUCGUAAAAAGUUUGACAGCAACAUGCAAAACUGUGUGUCUGAGAGUAAAAUACCUGAGUCAACAGCUGAGCAGGAGAUGAUCCGAUCAGAGUUGACGAACACCAAUGGGCUGAAGUUUCAGACACAUGAGACAUGUGUGCACUUUGAAGAGCCAAAUAAGAAGAGGUUUAGUGACACAGACAUUACACUGAACAGGCCACUGAAUGAAUGUGAGACAGAAACCAUUGUAUGAGGCUCCAGCACUGAAAUUUUCAAUGUAACAACCAGCAACUGUAUGUAAGCAAAGAGAAGCGUUUUUAGGGGGAAAAAUUAAAGUUUCAUUCUAAGCAGUGGUAUUUUUUUACUAUGUAGACCGACAAAGCAGACCUUUGGCCAACAAGGUGUGUUUCCAGACAAAAGUGCCCCUGACAGAGAAGUGUGCCUACAAAUAAGAGGAACAAGUGGCCCAUGAUGUAGCAACUUCAGAUUUUCCUAUGAAGCACAGCGUGUAGUUUAAUAUUUUCCAUCACAACUUGUUCCAUCUGUGCUUUUCAGUUAAUAACUGGAAGGCCAAUUAUCAGGGCUGGAAUAAAUCCCAGGAGACUCAAUCAUCCAAUUUAUGUUAAAAAGUGUUUUCAAAAAUCUUAUGACUUUAUUUUCAUUGAAAUAUACACGUAUGGAUCAAAAAUUACGUCCUUUGGGAGAAAUCCAUUCUUGACAUGAUUGCAAAGACGAUCUAACAGCAUGGCAAGAUUCAUCACAGAAAGCAUGCCAAACUUUUUUGCAAACCCCUCCCCCAUGUAUGCUCUAAUAUCAAGAAUCCCCACAACUGGGUUUAUGAUUUGAGUGAACAGGCUGCAAAUUAACCUAAGCAUUAGGAGGACCUGCUCCAGAAGUGUUGAAUAUGAAAAGACAUUCAAGAUUAUAUUUAAACUAAGUUUUUGAAGGGCUGCACUCAUACCAACUAAAUCAAAUGCUGCUGGCGGCUGCAAUAAAACUAUUCAAACCUCUCAGAUCCAUCAGCCUCCAUACCAAGGUUAGUCAGAGUGAUUCAUGACAUCCAGCAAAUAUAAUCUGAGUAACACUUUUUUUUUUAACUCUGUUGGGUGAAAACAGCAUCAUGCUGCAGCACCUCACCUAUUACAACGAUUUACGAAGGAACGGUGGCAGUUAUAAACAGGUUUGGUUCAACAUGCUCUACUUCACAUGUUAGGUAUCAUACGUUUGUAUUUCAUUUCUGUGUGUUUCAUGUCACUGCAUAUCUACUGGCACUGUUUUACGUAAAUACAGUAAAUGACAUGUUUUUGCUGUGCAAGCAUUGUAAUUUGUAGUCUUCCUGAAAAGGCACGCUUUGUCAAUAAUUUCUUGUUAAUGGAUUCACUUACUUGGCACAGUUUCUUAAUAAGAACAUGUACAUUUACUUUGUCUUGGUACGAAAACAGCCUGUUUAUUGAUGGAACUCAUCAGUCAGCUACAAUACUUUUUCCCAACUAUGAGAAAACUUUAUGCAAAGUUUCUUUGCAAUUUCAUGCAAAGAACCCAUCCUGUCCAAUACAUGAGUCUUUUUUUUUCUACCUUGUCAAAGACAAAGGAGGGAUACUUUUCUGGCACCCAAAAGCUCCUACUUUCAAUUCUCUUUUCUUUUUCUUUUUUUUACAAUUUUAAGUGUACAAUUUUUCAUUGUGUGGAAACCUUCAACAAUCAGUGCGAGAAAUCUCACCACCGUUUUGCUGGAUUUUGCUUGUCUGACAAGCUUUUUAACAAUGGGAUACCCUUGAAAAGUGUUACUAUUUCCCAAUAGACUGGGUUUUAUAAGCAGAUGUAAAUAAUGUGUAAAGUAUCUACUGUACAAAAAAAUUAAAUAUUAAGAAUUGAUUUACAAGUACUGCAAGCAGUAUCAUUCCUCUAGAAGGAACUGGAGGUCCACCAUGCCAUAUUUGACUGUAUAGGACUUGUUCAAAAUCUGUAUAUAUAUAUAUUCACAUAAAUACGCCAUAGGAAUACCAGGGUAAGUCAGUGACAAUCAGGCUUAGGAAAAGGAGACCAUUUGUAGCAAAUGUAGGAAAUAACAAUUCAACUUCUUUCCAAAAGAACCGUUAAGGUUUUACAUGUACUACUGACCAGAUUGGAUUUCCCUGCCACCGAUGUGGCCACUGUGGGAUUUGUGAUGUGAUAAUUCUGUUUCACCAACAGUCUCAUAUGUUCUCCUAAAUAUUUGAAGGAUGCUAUCGAUUUCCAGACUCCAUUUUGAAUUGAUAUAUUUCUUGAAGUUCUUAUUCUUAUCAUUGUUACAUUACAUGCAUUUUGGUCAUUUUCUACACUUGCUGAUUGCUUUUAUGUGUAUCUUUACUUUUACUGGUAAUCUGCUGAACAGCGGAAAAUUUCUCCAGUAGCAGUCCAACUUUGCAACAAAGCAUAAAUACUGUGGUCUCCUUUGACCAUGGAUAGUCUCUGCUGCCUGUAGACCUAUGUGUGUCUUUAUGGCGGUUGGUAAUGACCAAUGAGACUUGACAUAUAUAAUUCUAGAGGACCUCAAAAUCCCACGUAUUCUCCUAGGCAAGUGUAAUGUACUAAGUACAGAUUUUUGGUGCCUCAUAUGUAAUUUGUAUUUGGGUAAAUUAUUUGUACAAUAAGGAUCGACAUCCUUGAUGAGCAGACAUGCUUAGUAAAUGUUGUAAAUUGAGUUUUGCUGCUGACUGCAGCGUUGAGUUACAUGUAAUUCACUGACAGGAAGCAGUUCAAGAAGAGGCUAUUACUUCACAUUCUAUUGUAACAAAAAGCCUAACUGCAACAAUACUUAACGCCACUAUGUGCAUCAAUGCACAUGUAUACUUUGAAUAUUUCUUUGUUGUUACAUCAUCAUAUUUUAAUUUUAAGUCUACUUUUUACAGGUGACUAACUGCCAAAGAGGGGUCAGAUAUGUGUUGAUGGACCACACCUUAGAACAGACGUGAGAUUAUGAUUAUCUUAAGCUACCUUAAGCUAUGUUUUUUCUCAUAUUCUACUUGGCUACUACACUGUCAUGUACUGUUCUAACCAAAUUUGGAUUACAGGAUGUUAUGAAUUAGUUUUUCACCGCUUUGGCCCCCCACAGUUAUAGAUUCACUUUGUCCUCUAAAAUAUCAGCCCUUUGUUUUUACUCCAUUGUACCAAGAGAGUAAUCAGAUGUGUUUGACAGAUUUCUUUGUGGUUUUUAUGUGAUUGUACACGAUACUGACAAUGUUCAUCAUUUGCAUAAUUAGCGUGCAGUUUCCUCUGUAAAACCUUUUAGCAUACAUGUAGGCCUUGGCUCGUCAUGACCACAGAUAUACUAGUUAAUGCAUCAUGGUUGUCAUGCUGACAACACCGUAACACUGUAGUUUCUGUAGAGGAUUGAGGUUGGUCCAACAUGAAAACAGAGGCUGUUAAAUUUAAACCACAGCCACGUUGCAAAAAAAUGGACACACUUGGAAAAAAUGCUGUAGCCAUCCCACUACUCUCGAAACUAUAGAUCCAAAAAUGGGCAGGCGCAUGUACAUGUACAUUGUGCCUAGACCUACAUAUAUUGGAGCCCUCCACUCCGUUUAGUGAGCUUCGGAUACGACGACAUUUGAACUUGAAGGGGCUGGGGAAAAAGUUAGGCUAGGCUAUUUUCUAUGGAAAUAAUCAUGAUAAAUUACACAAACGCGACUACUUUUGAACAGAAGUGAGAAAUAUAUACCAAAAACCUGUUAGAAAAUUCAACAUUACGCAACUCCCUGCAGCUAUAGACUCUGUAUGCUACGACCUGGGAACGAAAUUUUUCAAGUCUUUGUGUGCUAAAGUAUCAUUAUUCUUGGAAGUAGCGUUCCCUUAACAUUUCUUAAGUUUACACAGCUCGGAAAUGAGCCCCUCAGUCCAUACCUCACUACGGAACACAAUACAACGAAACGAAGUUGCUCUACUCACUGUUUUCACCGGAGUCUCCUACACAUUAUCUGUCCAAGUGCACAAUAUCAGGAACAACAUUAUGCGAUAGAAUUAGGUGUGUUUUUCCACUUUCACCACUCCUUUCCAGCUUGAAGAAAGUUGCCGUUAGUCCGAAAGUUGUCUUGCACAUUGUUGCGCCAAAAGUCGGCUGCUUUCUGUAUAACUGACUAACAUACUUAUACAGUAUACCUAUGCGCGAACUUCUCAUUAAUUUUUCAUUUCUAUGGUAAAUCUUAAUAGUAUUACUUAUAGCAGUAUUAAACAACACAUUCGUUUCAGAUGGGCCACUUUUGAAACAAAAAAGAUUCUUUCGAGAGCACUUUGGAAGACAUUUUCAAGAAAUACUCGGACCUAUUUUCGCGUUGCGGAGGUGGAUAUAAAUUUGCAGACGGCAAAUACGCACGCGCAUAUCAGGAAGCCACUGGCUUGCGGCUAGCGGCAAUUCCCAUUGAAGCGUGUGUUAUAGCCAGUCGCAUCCAAAGCCUGAAACAGCGUAGCGAUGCACGCAAAGAUGGUUUAACACGAACGACUGUUUCAUGAACAACUUUGGGUGGAUGACGAAAAUCGCUGUCAACAUUUUUGCUCAAAGUGUUGUUGGAAUGUUUGUUGUUGUUGUUUGUUUGGUUUGUUAGUUUUAAUCGACUGAUUUUUUUGUCUUCUCUACAAAUUGGAUGACUUAAAGAAUGUUGGACGCGCAUGUAUUGAUAUCGUUUUCGGGAUAAACCCGGCCAUACAUGAUGUGAACAAUCCCAAAAUAGGUCGACAGCUAGACCGCGAGACAACAGGACUGACGAACUGACACAACUGAGACGAAUACCUGUCAGAUUUAGGACUAAACAUAUGACACUCAGAGCACGAAAGAAUGUAGACAAAAACAAAACGCAAAAACGCGCACGUUACUGACAAAAAGGAGGUAACCAAAGGACGGACGGACGGACGGACGGAUGGACAGACAAAAAUCAGCAUUACGCAAAAUCCUUCAUGAUUGGUCCAACAUGGGAGGAGGUACAAACGAAUGACCUUCAUGAGCAGCGACGUGACUUAAAGGCGCGAACCCCAAAGCACGCAAGAAUUAACAUUCACAUUGACGGCUAUGACUGCAACCAUGUCGUGUUCGUUUCUCAGUGGUCUGUUUGUUCGUCUCACUUUCUGUUUCUGUUUUGUCUGUCAGGCCAUAUUAUACCAUAGCCAUAUUAUACAUCAUUUACCAUUAGCUGUUUUCUUUUGACAUAUUCUCAACUGUACGUUCUGUUGCUUAUUGACAGUUCAUUUUGUUUAGUUCUUGACGUACGCAGUGACAGACGAACAUACUGACUGACAGAACAAACUUCAUGUUGUGUUAAAACAGAUAUGUCGAUUGAAGAUUUUUCUCUUGCCUAAAUUUUGAGGCAAAAAAAACUCAAUUGCUUGUGUAUAUCUCUAAACGUGUUUGUGCGUCUUUUAUGUUGAGUUUUAAAGUACUGACAAAAUUAUAUUCAUGUAUAUUUGUCUUUCAUAAUUAAGUCCUGUAUAAUGAGUCAUAAGAAUCUUUUAAAAAGUAGAGUAUACAAAUAAAUAUAAAUAUUACGUACCUGUAUAUUACUGUUGGAUAUAAUACUUAAUGCUAUUGUGUAAAUAAAAUGUACCACGUUUUGUUUGUAUACAGAAGUGUAUUUUGUGGUGAGGUCUGGUACUAUCAAGAUUAUACUUUCUGCUUGGAGGUAGAACGGGCAUUGGUUGUGUGUUGUGAAGAUUACCGUUGUUUGCUGUCAUUGAUUAAGUGAAUUUGAAAAGCGUUUGACGUUUGUCGGAAUUGAUCAUAUACAUGUAUCACUUUGCACCUGAUUUCUGUAUGAGAUGCUCAACAUGCAUUGAAACAAUAAAAUUGAAGUGUUGGUGCUGUAUGGGGUCAUGAA